AGGAUGUUUUGAUUUUUGCAAGAAUAAAAAGUGAAACUUUUUUCAUUUAAAGGAAAUCAUUCGCAGACUGAGGUAACUUCCAUAAACAUGAUUCGGAUUGAGAAAUUCCUGACUAUUUUUGAACUGGAGACGGGAGGGCUGUUUAUAGGAUAUUUUGGAUUGAUCUCAAGCUCAUUCAUAUUAAUCUUUUGCAUAUUUACGCUCACAAAAAUUUUCACUGAAUGGGAUACACUUGAAGAAUCGCUGCAUACAAUGAGAAUGGAAAAGGACAUGAAUCUACAAAGUCCAGAAGGAAUGGAACUUUUUAAGCACACUCUAAUCUGGGGAGCUGCAACGAUGAUUUUGCUGCAAAUUGUUUGCAUUCUAGCAUUUAUACUUCUUAUUAGAGGCACACGGAUGCGCAAUCCAAAGCAGAUUAAACCAAGCGUUUUACUUUUUGCCAUGUUUGCGUCAAUGUCAGUUUUGGGACUUUUUGCUCGAUUCUCGCCAACGUCAAUCGUCAAUUUUGUUUUUAAUUUUUAUAUUUUUGUUGUUCUUUUCUCAUUGCUCAAAAAGUUCCAAAUACAGCAAUUCCAUGGAAAUCACAUCAUUAUUACUCAUAAUCCUAAUUUCAUUCCUAUAACAUAUCAAGAAAAGGCAUAAAUUUGUGGAUGUUAACAUUAAUGUUUGGAUUAAACUUGUGUGUUUGUGAUUUCAUGUACCUCGAAAUAUUAUUUUAAACUCAAUUAAUCUUUUUCAUGUGAGUUAAGCUUAUUUAAUCAGAAAUAUAGACUUUAA